AUUGACAGUUGUCCCUAGGGCAUCCAAAGUGAGAUAACAGACAUUUAGAAAGAAUGGCACAUCCACACACUCCUCUCGUUUUGCUCAUCCUGGUCUGUUCAUUGUGGCUGAGUGACGGGAAAACAUACUUUACUCAUCUUGGAACAAAGUGUAUAGAAGACUGCAAGCUUGAUGAUGGUGUGUACAAGUGCAAGACUAUUGAUAAAGAUGGAAAAUACCAGACAAUGGACUGUUCACCUCAGGAAAACAUGGACUCCCAGGGUAGACAGUACACAGCUUCAUGGGGCUACUGUGGGCUGGUGAUGGACGAAAUUUACCAUUAUGGAUCUUAUUAUGGAGUGUUGUGUUAUGACAAAUGUGACAAAAGAACUGAUGGUUACUACUGGUGCCAUACUGCGCAGGGAUGGGAUUACUGCUCUCCAUCUGAAAACACAGAUUACAAGAACAGACCGUGUAAAGACGAAAGUCCAUGUGGGAAGCAGGGUUACAGGUACAACUGGUGCUGGGUGAAGGGGGGAAGCUGGGGCUACUGUGGGCAGGUGAUCACCAAAGAGAAUCAUUAUGGAUCCAAUGGAGUGUUGUGUGAUGACAAAUGUGACAAAGGAAAUGAUGGUUACUACUGGUGCUAUACUGCGAAGGGAUGGGAUUACUGCUCUCCAUCUGAAAACACAGAUUACAUGAACAGACCGUGUAAUGAAGACAGUCCAUGUGGGAAUCACGGUUACGGCUACAACUGGUGCCGGACUUCAGAUCAGUCAACAUAUGAUUACCACAGACACAUUGAAGAAGAAAAAGAUAAUUGCACUUACUCUAACUUGUGGGACACAGCCACACAAUACACAGAAGGAACAGACACACAGAAGGAAGGACAAGUGAUAUGUACCUGUUAUGACAAAGGUAACAAGAAAAAAACCACCUUUACUGCUGUGCCAGCUCCUGAUUACAUCACUAAUGGCAGUCAAUGGAGAAAUGAGGUGGAAAUCUUAAUCAGGCGCUGGGACAAUAGGUACCUGGUGGAUCAGCAACGCUCAAACCUGCUCAAAUAUGCUAAUCUUCGAAUCGACAUGCAGGGCUUCGUCCAACAGCGCUACUACAACCUGCAGAUCCAGGUGAACGUAAGCCCUGGUGAAAGCACCUCCGUGUCUCAGAUCUUUGUGACUGAUGGAAUUCCAGACCGUUACGUCCGCAGAGCUUUCCUGGAGAGCUUCAGGCGUCGAGCUCGGGUUUUUGUAGAGGUUGAGGCUAAUCAGAAUCAGAGCCUUGUGUUGGAAAUGGUCGAUCCAUAAUAGACAAAGUACAGAUGUAACUCUCUUAUCUAUACGACCUUCUCCAUGCAUAUUUCAUUUGUAACUAGUGGUGGAUGGAUAUGGGUUUUUUUAAAAUGCUGAUACAGAUAAAAUCUAGAGAGUAAAAUGGCUGAUUACAAUUAUAAGUGCAGAUUUCACAACAGAAAAUGUUGGAGCCAUUUAAGUUUGAAUGUUAUUCACUUAAUUAUUGAUUUAAACAAUGAUUUAUGUUUUUUAAUGAAUUUAAAGAUGACUUUUAUUUUGUAAGGUGACUGUAUAAGGAGAGUGGAAUCAGGUGUGAGGGUGGAGAGAGCACACAGCUUUCGACCACACAUUGUUUGAUUGACCAACAUUAACCUUUUAUUGCUUUCUUUUGAAAAUAAAUACUUUAGCAUUUA